AUGACCGACAUCCGUGAAGCCACUUCAAGCAUGUCUCAACCUCGCGAUAUCCCAAGGACCACCCCGGCCGGCUCCUACUUUGACCAGAGUCACUGCUCUGGUAGCCCUGUCAAUAUGUCUCCUGAAAGCAUUUCCCCCCGUUCGCCCAAGUCGGAGUAUAUCGCCAAGCGUGCGUCAACUCCGACCCGCAAGAACAGCGAUGACUACCGUCGCUACAGCGGGACCAUCAACCACUGCGGCCGGCACUCAAAUGACUGGCUCUUCGGCGGGUUCAGUGUGCGUGAAACCGUGGCGAGCGGCCUCGGGAAGCUGCGACACAACGACAAGGAGAGCUGA